AUGGAUAAAAAUGGAAAGGCUAUAGUAAGCAGCGACAAUCAUAUAGAAAAGCUGCCUGGGGAAGGUGAUAACGAUGAAAUAUAUGUUCCCAAGUCAGUUUGGACUGCCGGAUGCUGUGUCGGUACUUCUUCUCCAAAUCAUGCUAUAGAAAGUUUUGCAGUGAUCGGUAACAAUGUCCAAGAACGAAAUAAAAUGCAUACGCAACAAAUUUCUGUUAAAAUCCUCCAAAAGAUUCUUGAGCAAGACCAGUUCAGAGGUAAAGAAGUCCUUCUAUAUCCUAAUAAUCCACACUGUGUAGAGAACAACUUGGAAAAGCUACCCGAGUAUGUUAAAGGAGAUCCAAAGGAAGAAGAAGAAGAAGAAGAAGAAGAGGAAGAAGAAAAAGAAGAGAGGGAGGAAAAUAAUAUGGUGGUAGAUUAAUAUUCUGCAUCUAAAGAAUUUGAACACAGAAACGUGAUUGUUCAACAAUGAUUGGACAAUAUUGGCCCUCAGUCGUUUUUAUACUGCCACGACCUAGGCCAAUAUUCCCCUGUGCGGCCCUCACAUUCGGUCAGUUAGAAGUUAAUAUUAACCGAACCUGGGAUAAAUAAUUGUUUCGGUAUAAUUGUUCAAGUCAUUUAAUUAGGAAAAAACAUUCCAUUUUAUCCUUUUUCUUUGCAUCUAAUUUGCUGCGCAUCAAAGGAAAGAUACAUUAAGCCUGGCGUUUAGAUCACAUGAUAGAUCUGGAGAUUGUACGUGCCGAAUUGAAACAACUAAAGGCUUUUCCUGUUCUACGAGAAAACAUUUUAAACGCAGGCUUUCGAUGUCAAACUAUAGUUCAGCUAUAGUUGAAUUUGCCCGUAAAAGUUUAGGGAUCCAUGCUAUUCUCAUUUGCGCGAUUUGAUCAUACAGAGAUGUGACGCAAUCCUCGUCCAACUGAGCAAUUUAAGUUGCCACUAAAAAGCGACUCUGGCUGAGGUAGCGCAAAAAAAAGCAAAAGGCACGAAACAAUGUGCUGCUUUGUAACCUCUAAGACUCGUUGAGACUAGUAGAGACUAGUUGACCCACAAGAACCCUCGACUUGUGGUGAGAGGGUCUGGUUACGAGACGAUUUUUAAUUACGAUUUGUAAUUACGAUGUAGUCUCUUUGAUGUACCAUGCAGGCCUAAGACAAUUCUUCUUCCUUUAUAGUUGUGGUUUUCACUGUUAUCUUUUAAUUAAGCGUUAGCUUCCAGGAUUCCAAUGAUUAAACUAUUUCAAGAUGUAAAAGAUGGAAAGUGUGUAAGAGCCUUAUGGAGGAUCAAGUAACUUUUAUCGUCUCACAAUCAAAAUUCUCCCAUCUUCCCCCAGACCCCCUUCCCCUUAACUCGUCGUAAGCUACAACUGAUUACCGGUCCUUUAGUCAGAAGUAAUGGCCUCAAGUAAAUUCUUCAAAUUUUUUAACCGCAAGCAGGUGCACUUGACCCAUAGGUCUCGGGUAAGUCUUUGUCUCGAAACCUGUUUUCGUGAAGGCUUCUUUCCUUUUUUGUAAGAAAACUUGUUCUUUAGGAUGGAAGGGCCUAUUAGAGGGCUUAUGGUUUACUCAAUGUUUUUUCCUUUUUAUGAAAUUGACAAUUACUGCGGCUCAUAGACUACCCAAAGAUACUAAACGUAAGCUAUGCGAUUCUAAGCACUGCUCUGAGCAAAUCAUUUUUACAGAUAUCGUAUCAUUGAGUAAAAUCAUGUACAUUACACGCAAAAGGCUCAGUGCAGCUCUGAACGCAUCAAAAUGCUCUGGUACUGCCCUUCUAAUUGCAAUGCGCCCAAAGCGCUAUCUAUACAAUGGUACCCGCUGCAAUUUUAACAAGGUAUCAGCUAAUGUCAGUUACUCUAAUUCAAUCUCCUGUGCAAAACGAUUUUGAGAUAAUUUUAAAGUUUUAAACUGGGCUAGUCCCCCCGGACAAUGUCUGCGUUGUCAGUGUGGGAGUACAGUAUCUUUCUGGCAAGAUUGGAGAGUUGUCGUAUCGGUCAUAUGUGGAAUGUGAAAUGUGGUAAUUUUGUAUUAUUAGCUGGGUUGGUAACUAAAAUUGGCCACCGUAGAGAGUUUAAAAGCUGACGUUUCGAGCGUUAGUCCUUCGUUCAUCGCUCUAACGAAGGGCUUAAGCUCGAAAGGUCAGCUUCUAAACUCUUUACGGUGGCCAAUUUACGUUAACAACUCAGUUAAUAGUACUAUAUUACUCUGCUAUACUCUCCCACCUACGCAGCAGCCCUCUUUGUCUGUAUGUGAAAUGUGGUUGUACACUUCAUUGUAUUAAUAUAUCUUGUUUCCGAAUUAGGUAAUUAGACCUACAAUACCACACCUGGAUAUAUCAAAGAGAAAGGUAAAGCUCCUCCAACUAACUUAUCAAUUUGCAAUAGGUAACCAGAUAACACUCUUCAAAGGACCACGAAAGAAUUUUUUGGGUCUUGAAACAAGGCAUUCCAAAAUCUUCUCAUGAAAAAAUUCCAUUUUUUUAAAACAACAGCUACAGAAAAAAUUUGUUAGUUGUAGGUGAAAUUUGGUAGUUAUACUGUCAGUAAGUUUUGCAAGAAGUGAAUUUUGUGUUUAUCUGCUUCAUUAAGGUUCUUUAAACGGGUACUUCAUUUAAAAUUUCAGACCUGUAGUUCAAACUCUAUUCAGUCGUAUUUAGAGUUAUCAACAGAAUUUGUACUCUCGGCGCCUUCGUACCUUUUUUUAAACUAUUUUUUUUCUUUAGGGAAAAGUUGGAUCGUUUGUUUCUCUGAAAUAGUUUUGUUAGUCAAAUUUGUUAAAGUGUUUUGUCCACUCACUAGGUUCUGUCGGAACAAUGUUUAAAAAAAGCUUUCAAAUAUAUUGAACAUUUUCAAAAACUUGACAAUUUGAAGCUCUUUGAAAGGUCUUUAUGGUGGUUUUCAAUAGUUAAGAACUGAUUUAAAAUUACACAAAGGAGAAAACAAGCUUUAAUUUAUGAGGAAUAAAAGCACUCAAUUAGCUUCACAAUACCAGCUAUAUUGAGACUUUGGCUGUGCUAUUGGACGAUCCGUUCAACCUGCAAUCUUACAUGAGGACGUUGUAGCCAUAAAAUACUUGUUAAAGCCAGGUGUUUCCCAUCCGUUUUAGGCAGUUGAUGAAGGUUCCUAUAUUCGCCUGCUGACUCUGAUGCUAUGAUGGAGGUAUUCCAUGUGAAGAUUUUACACGUCCUGCUAAUCUUAGGACUUAUGGCGGCUGAUGUCGUAAAUGGUAACCCCUUACAAAGGAAACUGAAAAAGGGUAAGAUAAGUAACUGCUCACGUUUAAAAACUGAAAUCGCAUAAAAGAUGGAAGGCUAAUUUAAAUAAUAGGAACAAUAAAGCCACAAAACCAGAGGAUCUUGAGAGCAGAUUUCAUUUUGAAUGUUUCUUUUGUUUUUUAGUUUUUCCACCAAGUAACAGGCAAGAUAUCACAGGGAACCGAAAAACUGUUUACCCUGGCAAUGGGGACGAAUGCUACAGAAAAAACUUUGCAGGAAAUCAACCACCAGUAGGUUUGCGAGAUCCAAUGAACUUCAAAAUAAGAUACAUCUGUCAAAAAGAUCAUCAAGAAGACGAUGAUGGAACCCACUAUGGAACAAUGUUCGACAAACAAUUUGGAAUUCCAGUAUACUCGGCUUACACUCUCACGGAAGAUAACGUAGACUUCAAAGAAUGGACACGCCCAAAGUGGAGACAAACCAAAGGUAUUUAUCAAGCUUUCGAAAACAAGUUAAUUUUAUUAUAUGGGAAUUGUUUUAACCCUCAGUGCUCUAAACUAAAAAAUCAGUUCAGUGUUGUUUUGAGUAGAUGGUGUAGUUUGGUGUAGCUUCUGAUCUUUUGUACUUGCUGUAGAUUGCCGUUUUCGGUCUCCUUGGUGUGAGUCUGGCGUACUUUGAUGUAGUUUGGCGGAGUUUGGUUUAGCUGGCGUCCACAACAGCAAUAUCUAUAUUCUUAACAUUACGGUGGAUGUUUAUGACAUAAUUUAGUUUCCUUUUUAAGGCAUUGAGGAACAAGGAAGUGACGAGAUCUAUCCCAGCCUACCAUUUCACCGAGGGCACUUGGCACCCGCGUAUACUUUAUCAGAUACCGGCCAUAGUGGUGCCGGCUUUCGAUCCACUUUCGUCUACACGAAUGCGGUGCCACAGCGACCAGUGCUUAAUAGUGGUCAGUGGUCCCAGUAUGAAAAAAGGAUACGCGACUAUGCAGUGAAUCAUUGUACUAAGAAUGAUGGAACUUUAUAUCUCUUAACUGGAAGCUCAUUUGUGCGUCGGAAUGCAGAUACAGACCAAUUUAAAGCCAAAAAGCCAAGCAAAGCGCUUAAACUGGCUAAUACAGAUCUUCCUGAAUUCCCUGCCAUAACGGUUCCCAGUUCUCUAUGGACUGCCGGCUGCUGUGUCAGAGGUGGUGCUGCCGUGGGAAAUUUUGCAGUGUUUGGAAACAACGAACAAGAUCCAAGUAAGCUGUAUACUAGUCAACUGCUCAUGUCUACUUUGCAAGAGGCAUUAACAACGGAUAAAGCGAGAGGCGAAACAGAGGAUGAAGUCAAAUUGUUUCCAGCAUUCCCGGGUUGUAUGAAUGAUGCCAACCAUGUUCAACUUGGAGGAAUCAAACGGAGAAGAGUGAACAAUAACAUUGUAUGA